AUGCGGCAUCCAGUGCGCAUGCGCCACUUUACAGGAAGUGUUAACAUUUUCUUUAACCAGCUGAUAGCCAAAUUGUCAACAGUUAAGCUUGCUGCACUUGCGCUGCUGAAACGACAAUAUAUACGACAAAAUCAGGACUGAGGAGAGGUGAAGAAAUUACUGCGAGACUUGACUGUAACCUGUCUGGAAGGCAGUGCAAGUGCUCCACUCCACACAGGGAGGAGGCCCAGCCCCCCUGCCAUCUCCUACACGGGCCAGUAUGAGCUCCAGAGGGAGUGGAGGCCGCUCCAAUGGCACACUACCACAGACCAAGAUCUGCCAGUUCAAGUUGGUGCUGCUGGGCGACAUGGCUGUGGGCAAGUCCAGCCUGGUGCUGCGUUUUGUCAAGGGACAAUUCGAUGAGUUCCAGGAGACGACCAUAGGAGCUGCAUUCCUGGCUCAGUCGGUUUGUCUCGAUGACACCACGGUAAAGUUUGAGAUCUGGGACACUGCAGGACAAGAGCGAUAUCAUAGCUUGGCUCCCAUGUACUACCGUGGUGCUCAGGCUGCUAUUGUUGUCUUUGACAUCACCAAGCCGGAGACCUUUGAGAGAGCCAAGGCCUGGGUGAAGGAACUGCAGAGGCAGGCCAGUCCUAACAUUGUUAUUGCCCUGGCUGGGAACAAGGCUGACCUGGCAGAGAGGAGACUAGUCGAGUAUGAGGAAGCCCAGACGUAUGCUGAAGACACAGGCUUGCUCUUCAUGGAGACCUCUGCCAAAACAGCCAUGAACGUCAGUGAGCUCUUCUUGGCCAUUGCAAAAAAGAUGCCAAAAACAGACACCCAGAACCCGACACAUGCAGCGCGACAUCGGGGGGUCAAUCUCCAGGAUCCAGAUGCCCACUCUACCAGAGCCUGCUGUGGUGGUAACUAGACCUCUGCUACUCCCACCAGUAUUCCACCAUCUGCACCACCACAGCCCCUCAACCAUCCUGUUACCUUCAGUCAACGUACAGGGGUGGGCCUGGUGUGGGGAAACCCAGUAUCCACUCACCCCCUUACCUUCCAUGCAUCCUCCUGUCCAAGCAGACAGAAAAUCAGAAGGAGAAAAUCAGAGGAAAAGAAGUCCAGCAGAGAUGGAAAAGAGAAAGACGUGCAUCUGACCACCGACUGAGAUUCUGCAUUUGGAAAUUACCAGGGGAGGUAUAGUUAAGACUGCAAUUGAAAGGAGGAAAAAUAAAGAAUGUGGAAAAUAGUGGCAAGCCUGUUGUAAUAUCUAGCACUAAUUGUGAAUUCUCAUUCUCCGUUGCAUCAUUUCAGUCACAGCCCUGAUUGCGUAGAAAUGCACAAAAUGAGCAGCACUUGGUGGUGAGUGGCCAAGAGCAAAGAAAAGGAGAGGAAAGGGCCAAGACACCCAAAAAAAGAAGUCAAAUGAUUAGGCUGUGUGCAAUUCUUGUUCUACUUUGUUAGAGCCUGUGCCUGCUCGUUUCACCUCUUCCUAGUUCUGAAUCAGCCAAAUCUUGCUGUGAAUAACGCCACAUACUGUACCACUGGAUUGCUCCCAUAAUUUGGAAUCCUUCUGUGCUGAUUGUGUCACUGUCCCGAAUCACAUCAGAUACGACCCAUGGCACAGAUUGACCAGCAUAAGUCAAUUUAUACGUAUUUAU